CCGCUGCCGAAAACCCGGAUCCAAAAUGGAGUCUUUGAGUAAAGCGGGGCAAGAGAUGAGCCUGGCGGCCUUAAAGCAGCACGACCCGUACAUCACCAGCAUCGCCGACAUAACCGGCCAGGUAGCCCUUUACAGUUUCAGCCCCAAAGCCAACGAGUGGGAGAAGACUGACGUAGAAGGUACCUUAUUUGUAUAUAAGAGGUCUGCUUCUCCCUAUCAUGGCUUCACAAUUGUGAACCGUCUGAACAUGCAUAAUCUGGUGGAACCUGUAAACAAAGACCUAGAGUUUCAACUGCAUGAACCUUUUCUCCUCUAUAGAAAUGCUAAUUUGUCAAUUUACAGUAUCUGGUUCUAUGACAAGAAUGACUGUCAUCGAAUAGCAAAACUCAUGGCUAAAGUGGUACAAGAAGAAGCUCAGAGAUCCCAGCACCUGUCGCAGGAUAGAAAAAGUCCAAGUGGAACUAAUGGUUGCAAUGAAAACAGGUCAAUUGAUAUCCUAGAGAUGCUUAGCAAAGCCAAAGUUGAAUAUGACCGGAGUCAGAAGAGUGAUUUAAGUUAUGGAAUGCAGCAACGUGCAAAUUCUGCAAAGGCUGAAAAUAGCGAAACUCUGGAACUUGGAUCAUCAGUGUUACAAAUGCAUGACCAUUCAUGCCCAUCCAUCCAUAAACAUUUGACUGUAGAAGAAUUAUUUGGAACUUCAUUACCAAAGGAUCCUGUUGCAGUUCCCUAUUCCAACCCAGAGAAAGCAGAGAAGUUACAGAAUGAUGCUUCAUGCAGAGAGCACAAUUUCCUCUUACCUUUUUCAUUUGAGCAGUCAACGGUGAUCCAUCAACCUCUGGGAAAAUUGGAUGGCCCAAGCUUCAAAAGUAGCUCUUGUACCUUAUUGCCACAGGAAUGUGUUCCUCCCUUGCUAAUUGCUCCACCUCCUCUUUCACAGCCUGAGAUAAGUAAGAUUUCAAACUAUGCUGCGCAGCUGAGUCCUGUCCUUAACUCAGCCUCUGUAGUAGACGCUCCUCCUGUUCAAAUGCUUCAGAGUCUUCAUACAAACAAUAACAUCAUGCAGGUCAUGCAGCAAGCUACCAAGCAAGGGUCUCCACUUGGGAGUCAGCCGCCAUCUGAUAUGAACCACAGUCCACAAAAUCUAGCUCCUAGUCAAAAUCAUUUUAUAACACCUUUGGCUGCAGCAAGUACAGAAGCUUCAAAUGCAACUCUUCCAAAUAUGGAUCUUCUUCAAAAACUCAGGUUGACCCCACAACAUGACCAAAUGCAACAAUCACUUAAUAAAACUCCAGUAGCCCCUAACUUUUCUUCUGCAAUCAGCCAGCUGGCAACACCAGAUUGUUUCAAGGAAUCUCACAUCAAGCAGCAAGCUGUGACUAGUAAAAUGCUUCCACCUACCCAGUCUGCACAGCAAAAUAAAGAACUUGAGACAUUUCCACAUCCCAAAGCUUUGUCAAAGGCAAACCAAGUUGCUUCCUCGCAGUUUGUUCCAGCUACGGCUACAAUGGCAUCUUCAGUCCUCUUGUCACCUAGUGUUUUCCAGCAGUCAUCUGUGAAGUCAUCUGAAAUGGAAAGCAAAGUUGACUCUUCUUCUCCCCUUACACUUGGAGUCACAGAUGUUCAAGCAUUACCUCCUACAAUUCUCAGUAGAUCUCAGCUUCAAGAAACUUUAAUACAUCUAAUAAAGAAUGAUUCGAAUUUUCUUAGUACCCUUCAUGAAGUUUAUUUACAAGUCUUGACCAAGAAUACAGACAGCAUCAAAUUGUAACAGAAGUUUUGUUAAUUUCUUCAGAUUCUUGUCUGCUCUGGAAACAAUUAUGCCUCUUCUGUAAAACUGUUUUUAAAGAUUGUGGGUUUUUUUCUUAAACUCUUAAUGUUCUGCCUCGAGGGAGGCAUAGUUUCUUAGAAGAACUUCUGUAAUGCUCUCAGAGGUAAGCUAGGCUUCACUGUGACCAUCACCAGCAGGGCUUUAUUUCUGCGUGGGAAAAAUGUCUUAUUGUUUAACAGCACAUUAUUUUGGAAGGGCUUUAAGUAAGUUAAUUAAAAUAAUUUUGUCUGCUUUUUUCUUUCACUUCUGAAUAAUUGGAAUAGAUGAGAUAUGCUGUGCAUUUAGCAUAAAGAUGACUACAUUUGUUAAAUCAUUUGCUACUAAAAAGAGCUGUGCAGAGACUAUCUUUAGGGCUGGUGGUGGGUUGGGGGGAGAAUGGACAUGCAGUUUUAAAAGUUGCUUUAUUUUAUCUUGGAGCUGAAUGGACUUAUGAUGAUAUUGAUCAAGAAACUGGUUCCCACAGAACACGGAGAUUACUUGGGUAUUCCAUUUUUCAGAGACAUAGUCAAAACAGGCUAUUAUCUAUUCCUUUACCAAUUGCCUGUGCAUUUAUUUUUAAAAGGUACUUUUAGAAAGAAGAAACCAGCAAUGGGUAGAACAUCAGUGUGUCAACUUCAUUGUUCUAUCCAGGUUAAAUGCACAUUUUGGAGGAGGUUUGCCUUUAGAAAGGAUGUAUCAGUACUGGGGAAAAGUGUAUACAGUUUCAUUUGUUGUUAAAACUUGGCAUAUGAUCAGCCAAGCUAUUGCCACCCACCCCUUUCCAGGGUGUUGUGCAUAAUUAUUAUAGAUCAGUUAACAUUCAUAGUAUACCACUGUAAAGUUCAAACUUCUUCCCAAAGGAAGUCUGCCUCUGAUUUCUAAUUGUUUUACGUGCUGCUAUUGGAUCUCUCUGUGACUUACAUUUAUUUCAUUAUGGCAUGUGAUAGUAGCUAGCAAUACUCUAGUGUAAAAUAGAACUCAAUUUAUUCAAGCAAUAGUAGCUUCAAAUAAUAAGGGUUUUUUUUAGUAGGAAAGUCUUUGUUUUAUAUUGUGUAAGGUAAUUUUCUAGUGAAUUUAACCAGUUAACAUGCACUGCUUAUUUUUCAAAGCAUUGUUGAAAUUGAACAAAGAGCAUUGUUUUUUGGCUUUUCAUAUUAGUGUUUCCUGGAUGAGCUAUUGAAAUGGGAAGAGUUUGCAAACAAGCACAGCUGGGCUGUUGUGCAAACAUCAUACCUUUUAUUAGAAUUUGGAGAAGGUCCUGGGAUAGACUGUACCAUUUUAAUCUUAAAAUUAAUGUAAAAAUGAUGACAUCACUGAGGGGUGCAGAUACUUUUACUAAUUUAUCAGCCAAGCUUUAAUUAUAAGUCCAUACAAUAGGCGUGUUUUGAUAUAAACAGUGUGUUGAUUUUUUAAAAUCAAUCAAAAUAUGUUUGAGUGGUUUUAUUGGAUAUGCUUUUGUUUUUAUUCAGUAAAAAAUUGCCUCCUUUUCAGCUUUGAACUCAGUGUUUCUAGUUAAACAUAGAAUUUUAUAUUAGAAAAGUGCAGAAUUCAGGGAAAUACAUUGAUAGUGACAUGCACAUUUUACUAUUUAUUGGCUUCAAUGAUAAAAUUGAAACAAAUCUCUCCAGGCUUUUUAACCUCAUGCAAGAAACAUGUUGUAUAUUAAAUAGUGCGCCAUGGGAGGAAAUAGCUUGCUUUUCUUAGAGAUUUAUUCUGAUCUUAAACCUUUUCUCAGAAAGAACACUAAAGCCAGAGAAGUAGUCUUACAGUGCAAUCUUAAGAAGAGUUACAUUUCUAAGCCCAUUGACUGGAUUUAGAAGGAUGUAACUGGUUAGGAUUGCACUGUAGGAUAAUUUUUCACUGACUGUAUAACUGGAACCAAAUAUAUUUGAUGUGUGCACUGAUAGCAGAGAUUCAAUAAAUGAGCAGUGUUUAAUUACUGCGAUGAGGAAAAAAUUUUAACAGCCAUAAACAUGAGUUUAAUAUAUAUUAAACAUGUUUAUAUUGAACUUGAUCACAAAACCUGUUCAAAGAUCUGUAAAAAAUUAACUAAGAAGGGUUCCUUGAUACUGAAUGUACUGUAAAGGUCCUAUGUCUUCAAGGCUUAAUGAAAAAGGAAAUGAAGUUUCCAUUGUUCCAGUGUACUUUCCCCCAUUUAAUAUUUUGCAUUGUAACUCCUGAUCAACCUCUAUUGGUCACUGGUAGAUAAGAGUUCUCAAUUAUUCAAAGUCUGUAUAGCAACAGGAAUAGUUCUCCACUUCCAAAGAGGAUAUUGUUAACUAGAAGGUAAACUCUUUUAUACUUAGGUUUUAAUCUUUGAAUUUUUACGCACAUCGAUGUUACAACUUUUGUGUACGUAGCAGACUCAAGCUGGGAGAACAGAGGUGUCCUACACAAUAUAAAGCACUGUUAGUAACAUUCAGUGUACCACACUAGUGCUCUUAUUGCUUGUUGUUAUGUGACAAAGAAACCUCUUUAAGAACUGCUUUGGGGGAAAACUCAGCUGUAAAGUAAAAUCAGAAAUGUUUACAAAAUUUGGAACCUGCUGGAAAGUUCUCGUUAAGAGUACCUAAAUUUUUUUAGCCAAAGCUUGGUUUGUCAAAAUAUUUGUUUCCUGCAUGUAAUAACAAAUACAUAGCUAAUUAACCAACCUGCUCCUCUAAUUCAAGAUACUAUUUUGGAAAGGUGCUUCUUAUUCUCACUUGUAUCCCAAGAAUAAAAAAUUAUUUAGAUUAUAUUGCAAAAUAGUGAAUAUUUAUCUAAGCAUGUAUUUUUCUGUUGCCUAUAUGCAGCUUUUAAAAAAUUCUUAAUUUUGGUCUACUCAAAAGUGGCUUUAAAAUUGGCAGUUUAUUCAAAAACUUGUUGUUGUUAUAGAAGUAAAGGCUAUUACAUCAACUAUAGCGUUAUUAUGUGCCUGACAUAUACUUUGAGGACUUACUUAACAAAAUUUAAAUAGUCUGUGAAGGAAGUGAGGCAAAUGAAGCAGAAAAGCAGUUUUUUUCAGCAAUACAUAUUAAGAUAUCAAAUAUACUAAAUUUUAAUUUCCCUAGGUUGCUCUGGUUUUGUCUGUUCCUGAAAUUCACCAGUACCACAGGCCAUUCAGGAACUUCUUUUUUAAAAAGUAUUUAAUGAGGAGUGUUUUAAUACAGAAAGUAUUGACACAAGCAUCCACUUUUCAUCAGCUACCUGAGUUGCUUUUGUCAGCUACCUGAGUUGCUUCUUAAGCAUAUCUUAAAAAUAGGAGUGUGUGCAAUAUAUAUUUCACCUCAGUUUUUUAAAUCUUUGUGAAAAUGUUAAGAUGCAAUAUCCUUUAAAGUUGGGGAAAAGUUGCAAUAAACUUCCCUUCUAGCUUGUUUUCUGUAACAAUUUAACAUAUGGGCACAUGGUAUUUUAAAAUGCACACUUGACUCAGUGUCUUGGUUUACCACUUUGAUUUGCACUCACAUGUUUGAGAUUUUGAGGUGCUUCAGAUCUUUGGCAUUUUAAGUGAUAUUUUGGAAAACAAUAGGCAUGAUCCCAGGGCAUUUAACUAUGCUCAGUAGAGUCCUGGAUUUUCUUCCUCCCCCACUUUGGCAUGCAUACCAAAAGCUUUGCAGGGAGGGCAGUAGGUUCAUGCAUAGACAGAAGGGGGUGGUAUAAAGGCUCUGAGCCUAUAGGAUUCCACAUAGAGGUGCUGCAGCAGACUGGAUCAUGCCCAGUGUUUGAGCAAUUUUGAAAAAUGAAACCAUGACUAUAGUGCAUCACUAACAUUUCAGUAUAUGUAUGUCAUUUGUACCAUCUUAUGUUGGCAAAUAUUAAGUUAUUGCAUAUAUGUUUAAGAAUGAACAUUUUUCAUUAAGAAUUUUGUAUUGUUUGCAAAUAUAUUUUUGUAAUAAAAUUUCAAAGACAAA